CCUGGUGUGUUUCCUGGAGCAUCCGGGUCGCUUGUGAUGGGUUGGCCACCCACCGACACCCAGCUGAUGACAGUGACGGGGGAGAGAACUGACAUGCUGGGGAAGAAACCAUUGCGGAUCCGAGUGAAGGAUCUGGAGCUGGUGCAUGACUUCUGGCUUGCUGACAUCCAAGAACAGUGCAUCAUCGGCCUUGAUCUGCUGACCCGCUGGGGGGCCUGCGUUGACACCGCGAAGCUGGUUAUCACUCUUGGUACAGAGACUCUGGCCCUCCAGUGCGGUCAGAAGCAGGGAACCGGAGACUGCAGGCAGACUCGGCUGGUUCAGCACACCGUCGACACCGGCUCUGCUCAACCCAUCUGUCUGCGCCCAUGCCAGCUGCCCCUCUCGAAACGGCAGGGAGAGCGGGCCCAGGAGGCAUGGGGCGUGGCUACUGCUCAGGCCGCAGCCGGCGGAGGUGGAUGGCUCUCGUUGACCAUGCAGCAGCUGAAGCAGGAGCAGGAGGCUGAUGCGACGUUGGUUCAGGUGGGGGCCUGGCUGGAGGCAGCACGACGCCCAGGCUGGACAGGGGUGUCAGGACGGGGGCCCGAAGUGAAGGCCUACUACUCCCAGUACAACAACCUGGAGACCCACGACAGCCUCCUGUACCGGAGAUGGCGGGCCCCCGGGCAGGGCAGAGAUCUCCUGCAGUUGUUGGUGCCUCGGUCGCUGCGGUCGCAGGUGCUCGAGCUCGUCCAUGGCUCGGUGGGGGCCGGCCACUAUGGAAAUGCUAAAACUCUCCGCCGUCUCAGGGGACGGUUCUACUGGCCUGGCUGUCGACGGGAUGUGGAACGUCAUGUGCACUGCUGUGACACCUGUACGGCACGGAAGGGCUCCACUCAAUGCUUCACUGCCCCCCGACAGCAGCAUCGGGUGGGGGCCCCGAUGGAGAGAGCGGGAGGAGACGUCCUAGGCCCUUUCCCCGUCCCCGAGGCAGAGAACCGGCGCGUGUUGGUGGCCAGAGACUGCUACAGGAGGCUGAGGGAGCAGCGCCUGGCCCAGGUCAGUGCCGGAGUACGACAGAAAAGAGCCUGCGACACCAGGUGCGGAGGGGGAGCUUUCGUGCCUGGCGACAAGGUUUGGAUGUACUGCCCGGCUUGCAAGAGAGGGGUAUUCCCCAGGCUGUGCGGUCACUGGCAAGGGCCGGCGAAAGUCGUGGGGCGGCUAACAGAAGCGGUGUACCAGAUCCACAUGCCGGGCCCAGGGCGUGUGGCGGUGUGGCACCAGGACAGGCUCUCGCCGUACCGCCCGCCCACUCCAGCAGCCGCCGGGUCAGGGGAUGCUGGUGGCACCCCAGGUUCUCAUCCAAGUGACUCUUCCCCUGCUGGUCGAGAUCAGCCUGCGCGCCGAAGGAAGACACAUGGACAGUUGCAGGACUUUGUGUGGGGUAACGGGGUUGUCGGGGACGACUGACCCCUUAGGUGGGGGCUAUGUAGCGGCCCAGGGCUGUUCGGGGAUUUGUUAUGGACAUUUAUGUUCUGUUUUACAGUUAUGUUUUGUUGUCAUGUUGCCAUGGUGACAGGUGACGCCCUCUCGCUGCGACGAGGUGGCCUUCCGGGGUCAGAGGGCGCCCUGUGUGGUGUUGUUGCUGUUUUUUUUGCCGCGCUGAGCAGAGGGCUCGCGCCAGUGUUGCUCCCCAAGAGCUAAAUAAACGGGUGCUCCCGAAGAAACCUCCGUCUCCUCCGUUCCCUGAGCUCGCCACAAUUGCUAAAAGAAAUUUAAUUUGUAGCUCUAAAUAAAUUCUAAAUGCAUUUAGGACGUUUUUUUACUCACUUUAUGUCUCUUCCACGGUGUUAUUUUUCUCGCUUACAACAUAGGUUACAAUUACAUUAGCAUGACCAAUUAUGCAAAUUAGGCGAUGAAGUCAUUUAGCAACUUCUAGCGACUUUUAGGACAGCGAUUUUCCUUACUGAGGAGUUGGCAACACUGGUCCUGCGACGGUACACCGCCUCCGCACCACCGUUUAAACAUGAAGUGUGGAUGUUAGAAGAUCCCAAAUGUGUGUGUCUUUUGUCCCGUCUUCCUCUCCUCACCCCCAAUGGGUCGCAGCGGGCCGCCCCUCCCUGACCCUGGUUCUGCCAGAGGGUGCUUCCUGUUAAAAGUGAGUUGUUCCCUUCCCACUGUUGCCAAGUGCUUGCUCAAAGGGGGUUGUCUGAUUGUUGAAGUUUUUUCUUAAUUGUAGACUUUCUAUCUUACAAUCUAAAGUGCCUUGAGGAGAAUGUUGUUGUGAUUCGGCUCUGUAUAAAUACAAUUAAAUCGAAUUGAGUGGGUUCAGCUGUUUUGUGAAAUAAAAGUGACUGACACUGUAAGAAAUAGCCUGGAUGUAACUCAUGAUAAGAAGAGCAAUAUCGACCCCUCCUGGGUCAACUAAACUCCCGUGUUUUUGUCAGAGAGACAGGUUAGUUUAUUACUCUUUUAUAAAAUAAUGGUCAUUCGAUGUAUGUAAUAAUAUAAUAUAAAUAAUAUUAUAAUAAUAAUAAUAUAAUAGUAAUAUAAAUAGUUAUAUAGAAGUCAGUAACACAUACUCAUAUUUAUGUGCAACAUUCCAUUGAUGGAAUGGAAUUUUAUUGAUGUUAAAUUAAAGUUCCAGAUUAGCUAUGCUGUCAGUGCAAGUCACUUCAACCUGUAUAGCACCAAAGGAAACAAUGGUGUUUUUAAGGCGCUUCACACUGUAAGGUAACAACUUACAGUAUUAAAAAGAAAACCCCAACAGAUAAACCCCUCUGAGCAAGCACUAGGCGACAGUGGGAAGGAAAAACUCCCUUUUAAGAGGAAGACACCUUCGACAGAACCAGGCUCAGGGCGGGGUGGCCAUCUGCCGCGACCAUUCCUGGGGAUUUCAAAAAUGACUUGAUCUGAUCUAAAUGUAAAACUAGCUAAUUUAAAGUGUCCAGUGAGUUUUCUAAAAUAUUUUGCUAUUGAUAUCACGAUGUCACUAUAAAGGGGAAACUUUGUUUCUUCCCUUAAACCUCCCAAAAAAUGCACGCACCGAUGAGAAACACUUAGAUAUGCAACUUGGUUCCUUGGAUAUCUUUCUUUUGAAAGUGUUAACAAUAUCCUCAUCAAGUUCUUGGGAGUUUAAUUGCCAGAAUGUCACGAUAGCCGCUGCAUGCUUCCACCUUUUACAGAGUGAUUUGAAAACCCUCUUGCUGAGUUUCUUGAACUUCUCUGGGGGGAUUUUGUCGUAUUCGGCCCUGAUUUCAGACCAGAUUUUCACAUUAAGCCGUUUGGAGAUAGCUUCAGCACUUUCCAUACUGAAGACUAUGCCUGAAUUUUUUGCAACCUGGGAAACCAGUUCUUCCACAAAGAUUUCCACUGAAAAUCUGCAUCUUUCUUUCUUUUCAUAUGAUUCCAGUCGAUCGAUAUCUGUUAAUGCCAACAGGUGUUCUUGGAAUACUGAAGUAGUUAUCAUAUUAAAUAUUGGUCUUUCUAAAUCCAUUAAUUCUUUUAAAUUCAUUGAAUCCUCCUCCCCAUGGACACAUAAUUUUUCACAAAGAUCCUUAAAAAUGGCAUUAGCAAUGCUGUGAAAAUAUUUCUGCACUUUUCGGUCUAAAUGCAAAUCCAUCCCCUGGAUUUUGUCCAAGAUUAGAUCCAACAAAAGUUUCUGGUGAGAAUGAGAAGGAUGGCAAUUUAAAAAUUUACCAAACUUUGAAAACACAUCCUGAAUUAAUGUGCUUAACCAUCUUUCAAAGUUUUCGGGUGGCUCACAGGCUACAGAAGAUCUGUGAUUCUGUAUCUUUUGACAUGAAUCCGUUUGACUUAUGUUUGUUAACGGUGGGUUGCUGGCUUCAUGUUCAACACAAGAUUUCUGCUGCUGGGGAUCUGGAAUUGGAUUGUUUUCUGCUUUUGCAGCACUGUGUUGGUCAGCAUUGUGGCAGCUUUCUUCUGUGUUAGCUGUUUCUUGGGUGUUAGCAUCUAUAUUCUGUGCAGUAUCAAACUCCUGCUCAGCAGAAUCGUCCACAUAUUUCACAUGUGAGAAUAACACUGUUUCGCCAGUGAUGGUGUGGACAGGGGAGUUCUGGGAAGACCUCAGUGGUACUGUUACUGACUGUUGACACAGGUCCAUUAUGCUCUCUACAAAAUCUACAAGCCGCUUAGCGGUGAAGCGAUCCGGAUACCCUAAGAUAAGCUCUUGCCACUGCCAAGAUGAGAAACUAUAGAACAAGUUAUUCAAGAGGGAUAUCAGAGCCCGUAUUGUAUAAUUAUCCUGUUUGCUCAGAGCUGUUUUAUCACCUGUCAUUCUCUUAUCGUUUGAGGUUGCCAUUUGUUUUGUUUUUUAACAUUAAAUUAAUUCCUUAAAUGUUGUUUUGUGUUAAAUUCCGUGUUUGAACGUUUAGAAGCGCUGCUAAUGUCCCGCUGUAUAAAUGCCUUUCAACUGAACCUAUCCAAGAGCUCUAUAUAAGGUCUAUUUAAGGUUUCUGGAUCAGCCUAAUCCUAUGUGGCGUCACCAGUUCUUUGAAGAUUGCCCCGCCCAUCAUGACGAAAGGGGUGGGGCACAUCUGUUGCUUAGCAACUUGAAAAAAGGCACGCCUCGCUGAAUGCCACAUCCGUCCUGCGACGGUACACCGCCUUCGCACCACCGUUUAAACAUGAAGAUCCCAAAUGUGGUUAGGGCCUAUUAUAUGCCGCAGCCUAAAGGCAGCUGAGUUGCAGAGGACGGAGUGAUCACUGGCUAUCUACUUACAGGGUGUCCAGCACUGAGUGUAUGCCGACCCCAGCAGCCAAAGGGAGCUUCUGGUGGUCCAGUGAUGUGUCCUGAAGCGACGACAUCAGCUGCCCCUCCUGUAGGCCCACCACCAGCAGUAGGUGCUAUCUGUCUCAUUCCAAGCUAACUGCUACUCCUCUACAUCUAAACGAGCCAGUUGAGGAGGUUCAGGCAUCUGACAAGGGUGCCUCUUGAGCGCCUCCUGGGUGAGAUGUUCCAGGCAUGUCCCACCAGGACAGACAGGACAGACCCAGGACAUGUUGGGGAGAUCACAGCACUCAGCAGAGAGUGCCUCAGUGUCCCCCAAAUAAUGGAGGAGCUGGCUCAGGAGAGUAAGAAGGGCCUGCUGCUGGAUGUCCAGACUCCAGCGUCAGCAGGAGGGUCAGGGUACAGGGUUCGAACCUCCUCACGAGAUGUCGUAUCUGCUGGAUAAAAGCAAGCUACAUCACAGCAGGGAUUGUCCUAGAGCUGCCCUACGGUAACAAUCAACUGACUAAUAUAUGAAAUACUUGCAGUAGCACAAUAAUAAACACAAAGCAAAAAAGUGUUUAGUGAAGAUAAAAAACCCCAUCAAAGUUUUAGUUUGGAUAAAGGGAGACAGAGCACCAAUCUAAACCAGUGUAAACCAUCUGGCACCUCCACACUUGUAAGAACAGCAUGACCAAAGUGAUUGUAAGAGGAAACGACCUUGACUUCCUUUACAUAGUACUGAGAAUAAAAGAAAAGCAUAAUUAGAAUUAUUUGUGCUUCUUCUUCUUUCGGCUGCUCCCUUUAGAGGUCGCUACAGUGGAUCAUCUGCCUCCAUCACUCUAUUUCUAGCAUUCUCCUCAGUCACACCAACCCCCUGCAUGUCCUCCUUCACUACAUCCACGAAUCCUUUCUGUGGUUGUCUGAAAACAUCAUCCACAGAGACUAUUGCCUGAUCUCAUCCGUCAGCCUCUCCAUCACCAGUGCAAACAAGAAGGGGCUCAGAGCCUCUCUCUGAUGUAAUCUCAACCCAUCACAUACUUCUCUGCCCCUCAGGACUUCCUUAUGCAGCGCCACAGUUAGCCUUCACUCCUACCCUCUCUAUGCCUCCCGUCUCCAUCCUCUUCAGAGUUGCCUCACUUCCUUCUCUAAUUCCAUUUUCAUCCAAAGUACUCCUCCUCUCUUCUCAACACACUGUCUUCUCAUUAGCACAUUUCCGUCUCUAUACUUGGUUACUCUCUUCCAGCACAAUUUAUGUGCCUUCCUAUUCAUUACAAGUCAUUUUCUCCUUAGUGUCCAGCCUCACAUACAACUCACUACAAGCCUUUUGCUGUGCCAGUGACACCUCUCUCUUUGCUGUGCACCUAGCCUUUUAGUACUCCUUCCUUCAGCUCCCUGACUAUCCCACUCUUUCUUUGCCAGUCUCUUCCUUGAAUACAUUCCUGAAUCUGUUAUUAUUUGUGCAAGAUUAAAAGCAAGAUUUUGCUUUUACAGUCUCACUGCGGGUUGAUACAUUGUAAGAACGCCUGUGGUUCACAUAAGCAUUAAAAGCUUGUAUUACUCCCUGAUGUUUUGCCUGUUAGCAUGUGCAGCAGCUGGAGAAGGCCUCCCAGCCAGAGACAGGACAGCUUCUCGAUGUGCAGGUUGGUCGUCUUCUACGCAGGAGCAAAGGAGAAAAAUCCCAAGUUAAACAGAACAACUACCUCUAAUAACAAACAGACAUCUCUCUAAAAACGUGGCAGCAGUUCACCAUGUCAAAUGCUUUCUCGUCGUGCACAGUGACUAUAACAAUUAGCCCCACUGGCUGCACUGUCCUGCUGUGACAUAAGUUAAUCAGCAUUGCUAUAAAACAAUGAGGCUAUUACGUUUGACCUGCACUUGCAGAAUACAUUCCAAAGCUUUUGUUCCCUAAAGCAUUCGUCCUUCUUUGUGAGCAGUUUGUGACAAAAGAAAAGCCCAGAAACUGGCACCAGUUCAAAGCAUUUCUCAGAUGAUUUGCUGUAAACUUGAAUACAAGCACAGAUUAAUAAAUGUCUUCUAAAACAUUCUACUGAAUACAUUCUUCACUACGAAUAUCAAAUUAAGAUAUCACUUUAACAGCCCAGAGUUAGUAUCGUGUCUUUGCCUCACCACAUCUGGGGUUAACUGGGUUAAAUUCAACAUAGCAGCGUCUCUAAAUGACUGAUUCUAAGCCUGGCACUUAUGCCUGCACACAUUACCCUGCUGUUCAGUGGUGCCUGACUGCAAUACCUGUUUACCUGAUUGUAGUGGGUCUUGUGUGAAUCUGUGCAACCCAUCUGAACCUCCAGUUGUCACCGCUCUUUCCUCAGAUACCUACAUAGGGCUGACAGCACUCUGAACACUUCCUGUUGAUCAUCUGAAGCACGACAGGGGACUGAAGGCAGGGCAGGGAUCAGGAAAAUAAAGGUUUAUAAUUUGCACAAAUCUUACCCUGUUGGCUGGGAAUUUCAUCGGGUGGUGGGUGGUUUGGUGCUGACACUGAGCAAUUCUGUGAAUGCAUUUUUUUUUAUGUAUAGAGUUAUCAUACAGGGCAAAAUGUGAAAAUAUUUGCAGUCUUUGCAAUGAGUUACAGUUCUAAACGAGUGCUGGCUAAAAACAGAGAAGGGCCUAGAUGGUGCAAGAUUUGCCAGCUUUUUCUGCAAGGUUGGGAUGGGCGGAGAGGGCUGCCUCUGCAGGACGACAACUAGAUUCUUUCUUUGUCAUUCUUUGACAAAGACACAGCGAGCUGAAGCACUCCUGUCUUUUCAGGCUUACUGUACCUCAUAAUUCAAGUCUUUCUCCACCCUGGUGGUCCUUUUUAGUCUCCUUUUCCUGCCUCACCACCUUUUCCUCCUUCUGCUUAUGUGUUUCAGCUUCAUGGAUCCUGCCUUGGUUUUUCAGCUUAUACUGCAGAGAGUAGAUAAAACUAUCUCUCAAAACCCACUCCAUUGUGACAGAACCCACUCUUAACUACAAAGAAGGAGAAAUGAUGAAGGACACUUAGUGUUUGUGCACCAGUUGUUAUGUGUGUAACGCAUAAACCUCUGCUUUUCCCCGCUGUAGCCAUUCUGUCGCUGCGGUGCAUUGUGCGGCCUGCUAGCUGCAUCGAGGCGUCGGGAAUUUCCUCUCAUAGCCAUGUCUCGUGACGACAAGGACACGACGGUCACAGGCGAGCUCGUCACCUCAGUCCUUUUCUCUUUCCUUUGCUCAUCUUCAUAUUCCUCCAACAGCCUGGACCUGCCCUUGUUCCUUACAGAGAUUCUGGUACGAGAGAGGAGUGAGAGACUGGUGAGACGCCAAGAGUGAGCGUGUUCCCCCUGCUUUUCCCUGCAGAUUCCCUGGAGACCUGAUCCCUGCGCCCUUGUCUAUAGCACUUUGACACUGUCGCACAUUUCACUUGGUGUUUGUGAAUAAACCCUCUGUUCUUCCUUUGAGUGAAAGAGUCCUGUGUUUGAAUACCGUAACAUAUAGCUUGCUUUAAAAAUUGUUAGCAGUAAUCAACAACAUAAAUAAACAUUUAGUAAUGUUUGUGAAUACAGAUAGUUACAAUACGUGGAUUGUGAGGAAGAUGAGGAUCUAAUGGAUUCCUGGUUGCAUAGUAUUAAUAAUCUUUAUCAUAUGAAGUCUUGGAAUUGUGAGGUACAAUAGGAGGUACAGGAGGAGCAACACCUGCAACCCUGAACAACGGAGUUACCAACACUUGAGUGAGUGUAUAAGCAGGGCUGCUAAUUUUAUUUAUUUAACUGAAGCAAAAGUGAGCUACCUUGGGAUGGUCGCCUCUCCUAGGAUGUUUGAGAAGUCUCUGUGGUAGUCCUCACUACAACAGGCCAGUGAGGGGACACUGGUAAUUUCAUCCCAUUCGAAGGCACAGUCACCUGGGACUUUCCUGGGGGGCCUCUCUCAUCUGCAAUCUCAGUGGGUUUACCAUUUUCAAGACUGGAAUUUAGGUGCUUACCUUUGGCCUCUAGAUCGUUUCCUAGCUUGUGAAGAAUAUCCUGGCUCAGGCUCUUAUAGUGACCAUUCACAGACCCUAUAGCUCCUGAAUCCGGUCAGGCUGGAACCGAUUGUCCAGAAGACAAUCAUCAAAAAAAGACAACAUAUAUAAGAUUUGGUGGCACUUUAUUUUUAAGAAAUUUCUCCAAGACUCCACAACAACAACAAAUCCAGACCUGACACAAACAUUAUGUUUUUGAUGUUUAAAUGUUUUGCUAGCCAGGUCUUUUUAAUGUUAUACUCCUACCGCUUUCUCAGGGUAAACCCUCAGCUCAAGUCUCUUCUCCCUAAAGAGAAAAAGGAGAGAGAAAAACGUCACAGGCUUGUUGCUGUCUCCUACGUCUUCUUUUUCUUUCAGCUGCUCCCUUUAAAGAUCUCCACAACAUGAUCAACAGCCUCCAUCUGAAUGAAAAUGAUCACUACUGAAUGAAAAUAACUCAGUAAAAGACUUUUUUCUAAUAGCUUUGUGUGGUGCUCUAUUGUUUAUUUCGCUUUUUUAAUUUUAUUUUUAUAAGUUAUUCUGAUUUAUUUAAGACCUUUUCUUAUAGGUUAUACAUAAUUUUAUCCCUGAUGUAACAGUAAAUUCCUAUUGUCUGGCCUAAGUGAACUAUAUAUUAUUUUAUCUAUACAUGUUCAGAUUUUUAUUUCAUUUUUUUGCAUCAUCACACCCUGGAUAUCAUCACACGUAUCUGUAGUCCAGCUGAAGUGAAAAGCUUUUUCCUUUCAUACUUUGUACCCAGCAUAAGGCUUAACUCAAUACCUCAGAAAUACGGCAUAUAUAGAGUAGACUGUACAAAAAAAAAAAACAGGAAACUAGUCACUAAACACUACAGGCUUAAAUAAUUCAGCCAAUUCACUACUACAGCCUUGUACAGUACCUCUGGAUUAGGUGUGUCACUGGUUUAUGUUAAAAUUGUUUUUCUCUUCUUCUUUCUCCUGUUUAAUUUUCUACAGUUUAUUCUAUCUAUUCACUGCAACUGAGAAAUACUUACCUCUGUAGCAUUUCUGGAGCCUCAUUUCUUCAAAGGGACAGAAAAGGUGACAGAGAGGAGUAAGACAAGUAAGUAAAAUAAGAUAGGAGAGAGCAGAGAGGAGAGCCGGAAGGGGGGCGCCCGAUCUGGCGGGGAGGUGUGGGAAGCCAGAUCGGGCUGUAUGCUCUACUUCCCCACUGCCUCCCAGAAAAGGGGAGAAGAGGGGAAUAUUUUUCUUUUCCUUUCUUUCAUUCCUCCUUUUGGUUUCACUACCAUGAGGUUAACUGCUCAGUUCCCAGGAGGCCCUGAGACAGCUGUAGCAGUCAACCAGCAAAACUUCUAAUGUUAUGUUUCACCCUUUCGACGCCCCCUGUUGAGGCAGGCCCACCACGACUCGAUCAAUCCUUGGCAUGUGUAUCGCAGCUGACUGAGCUGACUGUCCAGUGACUGGUCCUCUCAGCAGUGUCAGCUAAUUCUCUUAUAGCCUGCCGUUGUGCCUGUCCUCUGAGCCCAAUCUCUCUAAGCAGUUUUGCUGUUGUACUGGCAACAAAGCCCCUGCACCCCACUUCCAGCGGGCGCACCUUGAUCUUCCAGCCUCUGUCCUCUGUAUUCAUCAAUUUCAGAGAUGCGGAAAGCUCACAUACUCAAUAUCAACAAGAAGAAAGAAAGAACUAAAAAUUACUAAAGUUGUGGUGAGGAAGUGGGAUCUGACUAAUGACAGGAAGUAAAAAUAGUUUUAAAGAGUCAUCAGCUCAGAGACUGUGACAGUUGAGACCGACAACAAGAAAGAAGUGAGACAGAGAAGCACGAUGGAUGAAUUCAGAGGGAUUCAAAUGUUUUUAUGUCUGAUGCUGAUGAUUCAGAUUGCAGUAUCUGAAACUGAAACCUCCAUUUUUAUGAAAGUUGGAGAUGACGUCACUCUGCUUUGUCUAAAUGUGAUAGAUGAGCAGAAUAACUGUGACGGUAUUGAGUGGACCUUUACUUCAAGGCACAAAACAACAGUAGAGCUGAUCACACUUGGACAGAUUGGUGAAGAAGCCAAAAUCAAAUCAGACAGACUGAGUGUUACAGCGAACUGUUCUCUGGUUAUUAAGAAUCUCACAUUUGAGGAAGUUGGUCUUUAUUCAUGCCUACAGUACAAAUUAGGAGAAAUACAAACUCUAAACACUCUGGUUCAUCAGUCUCAGUAACUGAACACAUGGGCACUGAUGAGGUCAUUUUAAACUGCUCUGUGGUGACAUAUGGACAGUGUCAUCACACCGUUAAUUGGCUACUUAAAGGUCAAGAUGUGAACAAAGAUAACAAAGAAAUACUGACCUCACAGACUGACUGCUCCACUACUGUGACCUUUUGGAAGUCUCACUAUAUUUAUCCAUCAAGAUAUGAGAACAUGAAGUGUGAAGUGACUGAUGCUAAGACAGGAAGUGUGCAGCUGUUUACCUUCAGCUAUCAGUCCUCAGAUGAGGAAACAGAUGACAAAAAAACAACACAGAAACCAACAAGAAAAA